AUGUUGUUGAGAGUUCGUGGGCCAGAUGGCAUGCUACGCAUUACCAUCGAGAAGGACGAGACAUUCGCCGACCUGACCCAGAAAUUCCUACCGCAACUCCCUCCGACUGUCGACCCUAGUACCAUCUCCUUCUCAAACCACCCCGGCGGCAAUGAUCCCAAGACCUUUCACGAGAUAGCGCACCUUGCUAUUGGCCAGGUCGGCCUUAGCCAUGGAGAUAUGAUCUUCAUCAAGUACGGCCACGCACAAGUCAUAGGCAACGGCGUCACGAACGGGGACCUGGACAUCAAGGGCAAGGGUAAGGCGGCGCCCUUGGACUCGUCAACCAACCGGCUCAACGGACAGCCUGUCCUGCCUACCGAAGAUGUCCUCAUCGACCCGCCGCCCCUGUCCUCACCAACAAGAGAGAGAAUCAAGAACCCUUGGGAGGUCGUUGUCCAGUCCAAGCUCGACGACGCCCUGGACAAGAAGGAGGGAAAGAUCAAGCGGAAGAUGGACAAGAUGUGCCGACAUGGCCCCAAGGGCAUGUGCGACUACUGCCAACCUCUCGAUCCCUUCGACGCCAAGUACCUCGACGAAAAGAAGAUCAAGUACAUGUCCUUCCACUCGUACCUUAAGAAGAUCAACGCCGACAAGAACAAACCCGAGACAGGCAGCUCGUACAUACCACCUCUUGUCGAGCCAUACUACAGAGUCAAACGAGACUGUCCGUCGGGUCACCCCCAGUGGCCCGAAGGCAUCUGCACAAAGUGCCAGCCGAGCGCCAUCACGCUGCAGCCCCAACAGUUCCGUAUGGUGGACCACGUUGAGUUCGCGGAACCCGCUAUUAUCGACACCUUUCUCGACGCCUGGCGUAAGACUGGAGCACAGCGCAUAGGUUUUAUGUAUGGUCGGUAUGAGGAAUAUGAUGUGGUCCCUCUGGGUAUCAAGGUGGUUGUCGAGGCCAUAUAUGAGCCGCCCCAGGUGGAUGAAGUCGACGGCGUCACCCUGAAUCCUUGGGAGAACGAGAAGGAGGUCACCGAGACCGCUCGGCUGUGCGGACUGCAGCAGGUCGGUGUGAUAUGGACCGAUCUCCUGGAUACUGGCGCCGGUGAUGGCUCAGUGGUGUGCAGACGACAUGUGGACUCUUAUUUCAUCGCAUCGCAGGAAAUCUGCUUCGCGUCACGCUUGCAGGCACAACACCCAAAGUCCUCCAAGUGGAGUGACACUGGUCGUUUUGGCUCCGACUUUGUCACAUGCAUCAUAUCAGGCAACGGAGAGGGCGGUAUCGAGGUCAGUGCAUACCAGAUGUCGAACGAUGCGAUCGAGAUGGUCAGGGCCAAUAUCAUUGAGCCCUCGGCAGACCCUCAGCGGAUGUUAGUCCAAGAGGAAGAAGAGGACGACGGCUCGACCAGCAGGACGCGGUAUAUUCCCGAGGUGUUUUACCGUCAGAUCAACGAGUACGGUGCGAAUGUACAAGAGAAUGCGAAACCGGACUUCCCAGUCGAGUAUCUCUUUGUCACCUUGACACAUGGUUUCCCCGACAAGGCACAGCCGGUGUUUAAAGAUCACGGUUUUCCCAUUGAAAACCGGGAGCUCAUGGGCGAGGUGCAAGAGCUCAGCUCGGUGGCACGGAAGCUCAAAACCAGCUCGCAGUCCGGCAACGGACAGAUUGUUGUGUCAGACUUUCACUUCCUCUGUUUCCUGCGCCUCAUGGAUGUGCUGACCAAGGAUGAGGAGGCACUACUGUGCCGUGUGGCCGUCGGCCAUGAUCUCGCGGAUGCAUUUCAACUCAAAUCGACCACCGGGUGGCAGACAUUGUUGGCAAUCUUGCAGUCGACUGGUGAGAGAUUCCCUUCCAAACGCCGCCGUGAAGAGUCCAAAAAUACGGACGCCGGCCCCGCCUCCAACUCCCCCUUUCGUGUAGACCAUUCCGACUCUGAGGCCGAACAUCUUGCUAAGCGCGUUGCUGCGGUUAGGCUAAACCGACUCGCGAGCGACAACUGAUUCCGCUGUCGUCUUUACCUUGGGAGGAUAGAGAACUGGUGGCGGGCUCUAUUCUGCUCGUAGCCCAGGUCGCAUCCGAGAGAUCUUUUAUAGACAAUUCAUGAUCGGGAAGGAGUCUGGCCAUUCGGGAACUUGGGCGUUGAUGGAAUAUUGGGAGGAAGUAAAUGCAUUAGAGAGACAGGUCGAAUGCAUAGCAUGAGAUGAGAUGAUGAUAGGACCUUCUCCGUCCCUUCAAAGAAGGGGAACAAAAGUUCCAAGUCU